AUGCUACUAUUACUAUUGUCGAUAUUGGCACUUGCCAUUGUACCAUUUCAUCCAUCGGAAGCAACGUUUGGAGAACCCAAAGCCGGGAUGAUUCUUCAUGCAGGUGACAGCAAAACACGAUCGGGUCUUUUGAGCUCUGAUCAUAGCUGCGUCGAGUAUCCAAGCAAGUUCCCAGCUCAUACCGCACAAAAUGUUGGCAAUACACAUUGUGGAUUGUGGACAGACAAGAAUUGUACAGGAUCGCUAUACGUGGUGCCAGCCCAUUAUGCCAUCGACAUGCCUGGUGAUGCCUAUGGUUCAGUUAUAUGUUAG